GCAGCAUUCAGAAAUGGGUUUAUAUAGCAUUAGUGCAACAUUUCCAGUUUAAAUUCAGACUAAGAGAAAGAAAGAAAAAAAAAUAAACCACACAAAUCCAAACACAUGGUUAUGAAAACAUCUUUGUCAGUUGUUCCAUCCAUUGUAAGUCAUGUAAUCAUAGUUGCAGCAUUUUUUUCUUAAAAAUAAAGCAGUCAUGAAUCAUCUACUCAAUAAUACAAAUCUUUCUGUUUACAUUAAAAAGUUUGUCUUGAGAAUUUCAUUUACAGAAUUCCAGGAACUACUGUGAGUACUUCUCCAAUAGCAUUAGUCUUGUAGAAAAUGAAAAGAGUAAGGGGGAAAGCAUACAACAAUAGCUAGGAGUAUGGGCAAAAACCUUUUGUGCAGCUCUCAGCGUGUGUGUUGACACUGUUGGUAAAGCAAAAAAUAUGAGGGCUUUACUUUUGGGGGAUAAUGGUGUUAUUUGUAAAAGAUAUACUAGAUUUUUAAUAGAUUUAUAUGUUGAGUUUCCUGAGUUUUAAAGGGCAAUAGGAGAAGUCAUAAUUUCUCUGUUGAUGUCAUCCUAUGGUUGCUUCCUCACUUCUGAUUGUGCAAAGUGGUCCACCUCUCUCCAUUCUUCCAUGAAGAAGUCACUGAAGUUGCUGUAGAGACACAUAAAGAUGUACUAGAGGAAUCUUGAAACCUAUUUCAAACCUUUUCUCAUCCCUGCUAUGUUCAGUUCAGCUACUGAUUUUCCAUCAUAGCACCUUCCCACUGAGCCUUUUCAGUCUUUCUGGCCCUGCUUUCUCACCUGCCAAUUCUAAAGGUACCCCACCAAAUGACUGCUAGGCAGUGAAAAGUUGGAAUCCCACUGUUCCUAAUUACUCUCAUUUCUUAUUUUAAAUUUCUUCUUCAGCCCCAUUUCCUAAAACCCACCUUCAUCUAGUUGAAAUCUUUUCUAUUUUGGUUACAGAUGUCUUCAGUGUUUAUCCUGUUAUACAAAGCCAGACACUUCUAUCCACCUAUCUGACUUCUCAACAUCUGUGACUUUUUUUCAUUUUUCCACCCAGUUCUUUUUCUUUUACAAAGUCUGUAUCUCUCUCCAUCUGUUCAUCCAGUUUUUCCUUCAGGCUAGUUUUAAUUUCUACUGAUGUGCAGUUCUCUUAAACAGUCUGUGGUCUACCUUUGCUCCUUUUUUCUUUCAGGACAGGUCCCCAGUCCUGACCCUUGGCAGAAUUUCUUUUUCCUUUGCUAGCUUCUGACUUCAGUCACUUUUAAGACUCAUGGCUAACGUACUAUUCUCCACCCCUAACACACAUGUACCUUACUUUACUGUCUGAGCUUGCUAACAUACCAGAAUCAUGACUUUGCUGGGCUUUCUAUAUGCCCAUCUGGACAUGAUGUGACCUGCAGCACCAAAAUUUUGCAACUGCGAGGCAUCCGGCUCAGUCCAAUGUGGGAGAAUGCCUACUGCUUUUAGAAAGUUCUUGAAUUCACUUUGAAAUUUCUGCUUCAGAAAAUAAAAUAAACAGACAGUAAAAAAAAAAAAAAAAAAAAAAAAAAAAAUUUUAAAAAUACUGGGGGAUUCAGGCAAUGCAGAAGCAUGAGCAGGCAAACUAAAUGAACUCUGAACAGACUGCGAGCAGUUAUUUGAAAUUCCUAUCUGUCAAAUUAAAACUUAAAAGUCAGAGUUUCCACCUUUCCUGAGGUGGGAAAGUCUUCCUCCAGUAAUCCCACUUUCCUUCCAGUAGCUAAGGUAUCAAAUUUCCCCAAAGAAUAAAAAUGUAGUUACCGAAAGACUGUCCCCCAGUCUGUUGAAAACAUUUUUGCUUCACAAUUUUAAAGCAGAGUCAGAUCUCUUGAUUGCUGAGCACUUUUCUGUGAAGAAUACAAGGCUUUAGCAAACUGUGCAUUCUCCCUGGAGGAUGUAAGCAUUUUCCUAUUGGUGCUUUUUAUGGCAUACGUUAUGUAUUGACACAGAUUAAGUUUCCCUCCUGUCUGGAACAACGCACGCUCAGGAGAGCUACUGACCUAGCAGUAAGCGUGAGCAGCUCAUGGCAAGUGGUGAAGCCUAGCUCUGGGGGCUGCAGGCAGAACUCCGCUCCGCUCUGCCACUCUGCCUCUCUCCUCCUACUCCUCCUCCUCUCCCGCUCUCCUUUUCCUUCCCCUCUGUAGUCGCUGCUCUUUCCCCAGACCUCUUGGCUUUGUUGUGCUGCACGUCGGAGUAGCGGGAGGGCGAUUGGCGGAACGCCGGCUCAAGGAGCGCUUCCCCGCGGCUCACGCCAACCCAGCCUCCCACGGCCGGGUCAGGAAAUCGGGAAAUGUGAGCGGGGCCGAUGGAGGCGGAGAAGCGGGGCUGAAGGCUUGCACCGCGCUGGGUGUGACAGCGGCCAGCCGAGCGCUCCGCAGCUCCUGCGUGUCCGGCCGACAAUGGACUGCUGCCGCUGGACAGCCGCUGGCACCCUGCUGCUGGCUUCCCUCGUCCUGAGCUCCAGAAUAGCUCGCUCGGAGGAAGACCGAGACUCACUGUGGGAUGCCUGGGGCUCGUGGAGCGAAUGCUCACGCACCUGUGGAGGAGGGGCUUCGUAUUCACUGAGACGCUGCCUGAGCAGCAAGACCUGUGAAGGGCGAAACAUCCGGUACAGGACAUGCAGCAACGUGGACUGCCCACCAGAAGCAGGUGAUUUUCGUGCCCAGCAGUGCUCUGCUCACAACGACGUCAAGUACCAGGGACAGUUGUAUGAGUGGCUUCCCAUCUCUAAUGAUCCUGACAACCCAUGCUCUCUGAAGUGCCAGGCCAGAGGAACGGCUCUGGUUGUGGAGCUGGCACCAAAAGUUCUGGAUGGGACACGGUGCUACACUGAAUCCCUGGACAUGUGCAUCAGUGGCUUGUGCCAAAUUGUUGGCUGUGACCACCAGCUGGGAAGUGCUGUCAAGGAAGAUAACUGCGGGGUCUGCAAUGGCGAUGGGUCCACCUGCCGGCUGGUUCGAGGCCAGUAUAAGUCCCAGCUCUCUGCAAGUAAACUGGAUGAUACAGUGGUUGCUAUUCCCUAUGGAAGUAGACAGAUUCGCCUCGUGCUGAAAGGACCUGAUCAUUUAUAUUUGGAAACUAAGACUCUCCAAGGUGUGAAGAGUGAAAACAGCCUCAGCACCACUGGCUCCUUCCUUGUAGAAAAUUCUAGCAUUGAUUUCCAGAAGUUUCCUGACAAGGAGAUCUUAAGAAUAUCUGGGCCUCUCACUGCAGACUUUACUAUCAAGAUUCAUUAUGCUGGUGCUGCUGACAGUUCAGUCCAGUUCAUCUUCUACCAGCCAAUCAUUCACAGAUGGAGGGAAACUGAUUUUUUCCCUUGUUCAGCAUCCUGUGGUGGAGGUUAUCAGCUGACAUCUGCUGAAUGCUUUGAUCUGAGAAGCAAUCGGGUAGUAGCAGAUCAAUACUGUCACUACUAUCCUGAAAAUAUCAAGCCAAAGCCAAAACUUCAAGAGUGUAAUCUGGAUCCUUGUCCUGCAAGUGAUGGAUACAAGCAGAUCAUGCCUUAUGACCUCUACCAUCCCCUUCCUCGAUGGGAAAGCACACCCUGGACUGCCUGUUCCUCAUCCUGUGGAGGGGGCAUUCAGAGCCGCAGCGUCUCCUGUGUGGAAGAAGACAUUCAGGGGCACAUCAGCCCUGUGGAAGAGUGGAAAUGCAUGUAUACUCCAAAGAUGCCUGUUGUCCAGCCUUGCAAUAUAUUUGACUGUCCAAAGUGGCUUGCUCAAGAAUGGUCUCCGUGCACCGUGACCUGUGGACAAGGACUCAGAUACCGUGUGGUCCUUUGCAUUGACCACAGGGGGAUGCAUACAGGAGGCUGUAGUUCUAAAACAAAGCCACACAUAAAAGAAGAAUGUGUUGUACCCACUCCUUGCUACAAGCCUAAAGAGAAACUUCCUGUGGAAGCAAAGUUGCCAUGGUAUAAGCAGGCUCAAGAGCUGGAGGAAGGAACAGCCGUAUCUGAAGAACCCUCGUUUAUUCCCGAGGCUUGGUCCACCUGCAGUGUCACCUGUGGAGUGGGCAGCCAGAUGCGGCUGGUGAAGUGCCAAGUGCUCCUUUCUUUCUCCCAGUCCGUGGCUGAUCUGCCCAUGGAUGAAUGUGAAGGCCCCAAACCUGUGUCUCAGAGAGCCUGCUACAGCGGUCCCUGCAGCGGGGAGGCAACUGAACACACCCUAGAGGAGACUCAGCUUUUGUCUGGCAGCUUGCAGGAGUUGGAUGAGCUCUAUGACUGGGAAUAUGAAGGUUUUACAGAGUGCUCAGAGUCCUGUGGAGGAGGUGUCCAGGAGGCUGUGGUGACCUGUCUGAACAAACAAACUAGGGAGAUUGCAGAAGAAACACUGUGUGUUAGCAGCCGUCGUCCUCCACAGCUGCUGAAGUCCUGUAGCCUGGACCCCUGCCCCCCAAGAUGGGAGAUUGGGAAUUGGAGCACUUGCAGUCUUACCUGUGGGGUUGGUUUGCAGACACGAGAUGUCUUAUGUUCUCAUCUACUAUCAAGAGAGACCAAUGAGACUGUGAUUUUGGCAGAUGAAUUGUGCUCUAAACCCAAGCCAUCCCUUGUGCAAGCCUGUAAUCGCUUUGACUGCCCACCCUCCUGGUAUCCUACAGAAUGGCAAGAGUGUUCACAGACCUGUGGCGGUGGUGUCCAGAAGCGAGAUGCACUUUGUAAGCAGCGCAGGGCAGAUGGAAGCUUGUUAGAGCUGCCAGAAACCUUCUGCUCCAUGCCAAGGACCAUUACACAACAAGCCUGCAAAAAUGAGGAUUGUCCCAAUGAGUGGCUUCUCUCUGACUGGACACAGUGUUCAGUGAGCUGUGGAGAAGGCACACAGAGUCGAAAUGCUAUUUGCAGAAAGAUGCUGAAAACCAGGGGCUUUGUUAUUAUCAAUUCCUCACUCUGCCUCCCUUUGCCAUUCUCAUCCUUGAUCAGGCCCUGCUCACUAGGCCCCUGUGCACGGCACAACAGACCGGCUCAUAAGCAAAGCCCUCAUAUUAUGGCUGUAAAGCAAGUUUACAUCCAGACAAGGAAGCAGAAGAAACUGCAUUUCAUUGUGGGUGGAUAUGCCUACCUGCUGCCCAAAACUUCUGUUGUCCUCCGAUGCCCUACAAGGAGGUUCCGGAAAUCAAUGAUCACUUGGGAGAAGGAUGACAAGAGGCUUGUCAGUUCAGCUCACAUCACCAUUGCACCCUACGAGUACGUGAAAAUCCAUCAUCUGAAGCCUUCAGACACUGGGACAUACACCUGCACAGCAGGGCCAGCCCGAGAGCAUUUCAUAAUUAAACUGAUUGGAAGCAACAAGAAGAUCAUUUCUGGGCAGCCAGCUGGUAUUAGGGAGGAAGAAGCCAUGACAAAGGCUGGCUUAAAUGAUGCCUUGCGAACAGAGGAUAAACAUCUCAAUGGGAUUUUCUUCAAUGGUAGCAAGCCUGAAAAGCAAGGGCACCUUGCUAACCCCAGCAGAUGGUAUGACAAUAUUGUCUCAAGGCUGCUACAGCUCAGAGGGUGGCCAGUGGAAAAUUUGGAGUCCUGGGAAGCCCAGGAGUCUGUGGAGAGAAAUGCAUCCUCAGAAGAGGACCAGAGCCAGGAGCAUAGCCUGCCAUUUACUAUGGUCACAGAGCAGAAGCGCCUGGAUGAUAUCAUAAGGAACUUGUCUCAACAGCCUGAAGAGCUUAAAGAUAUCUACACUGAGCAUCUUAUUAUUCACCUAGCCCAUGAAGUUUUCAAGAGCUACUUGGACCACCAGGAAUCUGUGCUCAAAGCAUCAAGGCGAAAAGUUUAUUCAGCCUCAGCUGAGUACCCUUUCCACAGACGUGUUUCUGGAUUUACCAGCUCCCUGAGGACAUCAUCUGCUGAAACAUUUAUUCCCACCUCUGUAGACCUGGCAAAUGGCUUGCACAGGCCUCAUCAAAAGCCUGCCAUCCUCCGAAAGAUUUCAGCAGCACAACAACUUUCUGCUUCAGAGGUGGUCACCCACCUGGGACAGACGGUGGUCCUAGCAAGUGGCACACUGAGUGUGCUGCUUCACUGUGAAGCAGUGGGAAACCCAAAGCCCACCAUCAGUUGGGCUAAGAAUGGAGAGGAAGUGAAAUACAAUGAUAGGUUGCUCCUUCAGCCUGAUGACUCCUUGCAGAUUCUAGCACCUGUGGAAGCAGAUGUGGGUUUCUAUGCUUGCAAUGCAUCCAAUGCCCUAGGAUCUGACUCUGUCUCCAUUGCUGUCACCCUAGCAGGAAAGCCCCUGAUAAAGGCAUCAAGAGCUACCAUGAUCAACACUGAAUCACUGGCUGUCAUGGUUGAUAUUGGAAGCACGCUGAAAACAAUCCAGAAAGCAAACGUUAGCAUUAACUGCCAGGUUGCAGGUGUUCCUGAAGCAAAAGUUACUUGGUUUAAGAACAACGUCAAGCUGUCCUCUACUCACCAUCUGCAUAACGGUUUGCUGUUAAUAGCAAAUGUUUCUCUAUCAGAUCAGGGGUUAUACACCUGCAAGGCAUCCAAUCUUCAUGGGGAAGUAACUGAAAGCUCCCAGCUGUUGGUUCUUGAGCCUCCACGACCCCUUCCUUACCUAGAAGACUUGACAGCAGUGUUUAGCAGUGCUGGACCCAGCACCCAUUCGGUGCUGACUUCUCCUUCAGGAACAAAACUGACUGUCAGUCCAGGGACCUCUGCUCUCAUAGGUUGUGCUGUCAAUGGGCAUCCAACCCCGAACAUCACCUGGCUUUACUCUGGUGAGCCCCUCAGUCAGCAACAUCAACUCCUGGCAGCAGGACGGAUUCUUCAGAUACUCAAUGUCAGUGAUUUCACUGAUGGUGAAUUCAGCUGCCUUGCUCAGAAUGAAGCUGGCUCACUCACUCAAGUAAUGACUUUGACUAUACAAGAGUACCGGUGGUCGGCAGACAAACUGACAGCUUGUUCGGCUUCCUGCGGCCACAGAGGGCUGCAGCUGCCCCAGCUGAGGUGCUUACUGGAUGGGGCUGAAGUCAACGCAUCCCAUUGCAGAGAGACACCCAAGCCAUCUCUGCAACCCAUCGCAUGCAACAGAAGAGACUGCCCUUCACGGUGGAUGGUAACAUCCUGGUCUCCUUGCACACAGAGCUGUGGUGGAGGCAAACAGACACGACGAGUGACAUGCCAGCGCCUGACAGCGAGAGGCAGCUCUGUCCCCAUGUCCAGCGAGGCUUGUGCCCAGGUGUCCAAGCACCCUGUGGACACACAGAGCUGUAACAGGCAGCCCUGUGUCGAGUGGGCGGCCUCCUCCUGGGGCCAGUGUAAUGGGCCUUGCAUUGGACCACGACUGGCUGUACAGCACCGACAGAUAUUUUGCCAGACCAAAGAUGGGACUUCUGUGUCAUCUGAUCAAUGCAGCUCCUUACCAAGGCCGUUGAGCACCCAGAACUGCUGGACUGAUGUCUGUGGUGUGCACUGGAGGGUCAGCCUGUGGACUGUCUGCACAGCCACAUGCGGGAACUACGGCUUCCAGUCACGGCGUGUGGACUGCGUGCACAUCCGCACCAACAAGCCCGUGAUGGAGCACCAGUGUUCCUGGAGGCCAAGGCCAGCAAACUGGCAGCGUUGCAACAUCACGCCGUGCGAAAACGUGGAGUGCAGAGACACUACAAGAUACUGUGAGAAAGUGAAGCAGCUCAAACUCUGCCAGCUCACCCAAUUUAAGUCACGUUGCUGUGGGACUUGUGGAAAAUCUUGAAGACAGACAAGAUGAAAAUGGAGGAACAAGGGGAUCACAGCCUUUUCUUCACUGAGCAAAGGCUUUUGCAGAAAGUACAGAUGGAUGGAAUCCUUUUCAUUUUAUUUAUUUAUUUCCCUAUUAAAAAAAAAAUUAACAAAUCAUUGUUGUAAAGGGACUUGACAAGUUUUCCCUUCUAUGCAUCUGGGAGACAAAAUGCAGAUAAACGUGGUCAUGAGGGUAGACCACAGAGUCAGAGAGACCCAUGACACCAAGCAAUGGGUACCAGAGGAGUGAGGCUUCUCCUCAAUCUUCUCCUCAAAUCUCCUUACGCCUGUGUGACACACCAAGAAACAAGUGAGGAAGAGGAUCAGAAUCAAAACCUAAUAUCAUAUUACAGAAUCACAGAAGCCUCGAGGUCCAGGGAGAUCUUCAGGGUUAUCUAGUCCAGCCAUUAACAGCACUACCAUACCCACCCCUAAACUAUCCCUGGGUGCCACAUCCAGACUCUUCUUGGACACUGCCAGAGAUGGUGACUCCAUCACCUCCCUGGGCAACUUUAUCCAAUGCCUAGCCAGAUUUUCAGUGAAUAUUUUUUUAAUAUCUAAUCUGAGCUUCCCAGCUUAAUUUGAGGCCAUUUCUUCUCAUCCUAUGGUUUUAAACAUGGCAGAAGAGGCUGACAUUGCAAGUUCUUUCAGGCAGUUGUAGAGAGCAAUGUGGUCACCCCUGAGUUUCCUCCCAGGUAAACAACCCCAGCUGCCCCAGUUGAUCUUUAUCGAUGUGUCUUUUAGAUCUUUCACCAGAUCCAUAGCCCUUCUCUGGAUAUGCUCCAACACCUCAACGUCUGUCCUGCAGUGAGGGGCCCAAAACUGAGCACAGGAUUUGAGGUGUGGCCUCAUCAGUGCUGAGUACUGGGGGACAAUUACUGCCCGGUCCUGCUGGCCACAGGUUGGUACAGGCCAGAAUGUCCUUGGCCACCUCAGGCACCUGGGCACAGCUGGCUCACAUUUAGCCAGGUGUUGACCAGCACCCCCAGGUCUCUUUCUGCUGAGCAGCUCACAUCUCUCUUCGACUUCCUUAAGAACACAAGCACAUGAGUUUGCUUUAUAAGCUUAUUUGUUACAUCCAAGAUUGGAAGCCUUUUUGAUUUAUAAACUCCUCUCUCCUUCCUAUACCAGGCAAGGGACACCCUUGUGAUCUUUGAGGAUCUGGUGUCUGGAGAAGUUGGACAAUGGUCUAUAACACAAGUGGGUCUAAAAUACACCUGAAAAUAUUUCUAUUUUGAGCUUGUGAGGGAGGAUUGGAGAUGAAGGGUUGUCCUCGACACAGAGGUAUGAUGGUGAUAUUAAUGAUUAACCAGCAAAAGGAGAAAAAGUAUUAUAACAGACUUAAGCACAAACCUGCAAACACUGCUCCCUAGAGAGCAUAGGCAAGAAAGAUAGAAAUAGUACAUGAUCAACAGGAGACACUUUGCAUAGUGCGUCCUACUAACACUUAUUUAGAAAAAAGAGGUACUGCUUUCCAAAGUUCUGGUACUGUCAGACCUGGGGUUUUGGAAACGAACUUGUAGAAGUGGGUUUUUCUAUUUUGUUAACAUGAAGUUUCUCUUUCCUGGCAGCCAAGCCCUUUGGAUAACUGGUAGAAAAGAGCUUUAUUCUGAUUUUUCAUGGUUGUUACUACUCAGCCAAAACAGAACCACUUUAGCAUCAGCCCCACUGGACUAAUGAAAAUAACUUGUAAGAAACUUGCUCCUCUCCAGCUGCCUCCCACAACAAAACAGGUGCUAUAAAGCAGAUCUUUAAGUCCAUCUAUAACACCCCAAAGGUACAGUCUAGAAAAUGAGACUGAAAUAUCAUACUCACAGCAUGAUUUUGCAUGCAGGCUAUGAGUCUUUUCUCCUGGCCAGCUGCAGUGGAUAUUCAGCUAGUGGAGUGCUACAUGAUACUAGUUCCUGGGCAUUCUAUUCUCUGCUUUGCUCAAAAAAAAAAAAAAAAAAAAAUUAGAAGAAAUCUGCAAAGAGAGAUUGAGAACUGUGGAAUUUUAGAGGAGAACUACCUGAUUUCAGGUUUUGCUUCAAGGUCUUCUCUAAAUGAAAGGUGUUGGGGCUAGUGCCUUGUGGUAUAUUUAUGAAAUGUUGUUCAAGUUCUGCUAUGUUACAACUUUCAUGACAUGCGGAUUUUUCAGUAAAAGUGGGGGUCCAGUAAAACUGGAGGUCAGUGCCAGGUUCAUUACAUUAAUCUGUCUCAAAUUGGCUUAUUUCAAAACAUAUCUGGGUGUGAACGCUCUUGGCAGAAAUGGGUCUUCAAGAAAUAAGCAUCAGUGUAACUUUUUAUUUAAAAAGAAAAAGAAUAAUGACUUUCUGUGUAUGUAAAUUUAUAUCUUUUCUGUAUAUUUAUUAGGAUUUCUUGUAUAAAAAGUGCAAUAUUAAUAAUUGUACAUUAUUUUGUCCAGAUAAAACUAUUUUGUUUUUCUUUUUUAAUCUCCCCAGAAUUUUGUUCCUCUAAAAUCAACAGUAAUAGUGUAUUUCUCUUAAUUUUAAUAGCACUUGCAUUUAAUUGGGGAUCUGCUUCACUGUGCACAGGGUGCUUUAUAGAUUAUGAAAUGAGGGAGGGAUGAUGUUUUUAACUUGUAAAAUUAUAAUUAUGCAUGGAAUGAAGGACAAUUCCUUAAUAACAUAAUAAUAGCAAUGAUGAUGAUGACGAUGUGAUGGAUAUUUUUGAUACAUUAGUUAACAAAAUGCAGCAUGGGGAAGUAUUUUAUUUUGUGUAAAAGCAAAAUAUGUUCCAUCUAUCACAUGUUCCAUUGUAUCUGUGUAACUGUGCACAGGAUAAACACAAAGUAUCUGAUCUGGAAAGGCCACUGUGUUGUCUCUGCACAGUGUGAAUUUAAUUUCACAUGUCUGUCUUCUGAAUUGUGACUUGGAAGCAUCUCAGUAAUAUAAGGAUUACUUGUUAUUUUUUAAAAGGAUGCUUUCCUUCUCUAAAGAGAAAACAAAACAGCAAACUUGUAUUUAUAUAACUUUUUGUACAAGCAAUGCAGCUUAUUUAUUUAACUACAACUGUCUGACUUGUUGUUUUUUAAUCUUAAAAAAAAAAAGACGAAGUAGCAAA